AUGUGGAGAGACCGUACCAACCUCUACAUCUCGUAUCGUCAGUCGUAUGCGCAUCAUCCAGUGCAGCGCAACAAAUAUGCGAGAGGAAGCGCGAGAGGCGCCGGCGUCCUCUCAGACCCCUACGGGGGCAGUAGCCAGGCGCAGGAGGACCGGCGCGGCUUGCUUUCAAGCAGCGCCUUCGACGACGAUGGUGACUCUAUAAUUGAGAUGGAUAUGAUCCCGCCCCGCUGGGCCGACGUUUCGAGCGAGAUCACCGAGUUGCUCGCCAACAUUGCCACCAAGAGCCAGCACUUGGAAAAGCUCCAUCAGAAACACGUCCUCCCAGGAUUCAACGACGAAGACGCCAAGAGGGCCGAAGAGGUCCAGAUAGAGAAGUUGACACAAGCGAUCACCAAGAGCUUUCAAGACUGCCGUCGAUGCAUUCACCGGAUUGAGCAGAUGGUGCGAGAGGGGCAGCAGUCGGGGUCCAUUUCGAGGGCGGAAGAGACCAUGGCCAAGAACAUUCAAAUAUCACUGGCGACAAGAGUCCAAGAUGCGAGUGCAAGCUUUCGGAAGAAGCAGAGCGCGUACCUAAAAAAGAUUCGCGACAUGGGCGAUAUGGGAACUUUUGCCCCCCUAGAAAAGCCACAGUCGGGGUCGUAUGCAGAUCCGUCCUUGCAGGAAUCGGAUGCCGACCGCUACUUCUCUCAAUCAACCAUGCAAGCAGCCUCGCAACAAAGGAUGCUUCACUCUAAUGACACCACAAUCUUGCAACGAGAACGCGAGAUUGAAGAAAUCGCCCAAGGAAUUAUCCAACUAUCAGACCUCUUCCGAGACCUACAAGCAAUGGUCAUUGACCAGGGUACCAUGCUGGACAGGAUCGACUACAAUGUCGAACGAAUGAACGAGGACGUCAAGGGAGCCGACAAGGAACUCAACGUUGCUUCGGGGUACCAAAGGAAAACAACCAAGAGGAAAAUCAUUCUCCUUCUGAUCCUCAUCAUUGUUGGCCUAUUCAUCCUGCUCAUGAUUAAGCCGAAGAAGCACGAUUAG